UUCAAAGUCACGUCUGUGGUUGGGUGGAUUACGUUGGUUCUGUUUUCGUAGCAGGCACCAGGUUUGAUUUAUAGACUCUUACAGCAGAACAUUAGCGCAUUAGAACAUUAGUGUCUCCUAAGACAAAAGCGUAAAGCGCGCCCAGUGAGCAGGAUGAUCGUGGAGAGGAUGACUGAGGACUCUCAGGGGCUGCUGGAUAACGAGAUGAUGAGCAGUCCCAUGAAUCUGGCUUACUUCUACGCUGGAUCCCCCAUUUCCGAUUCGGGGUCCUCCCCAGCAUACUCUACCUCCUCUGUCCCGGGAUCUCCAUCUUCAGAUUACGAGCCAGCGGGGAGCCUCAUCACCGGGUGCAAGAAAGUUGGCACAGGACGUCAGCCCAAGGGAACGUUCCAGGGAGUCCGCGUGAAGAAUUCUGUAAGGGAGCUCCUUAACAAGCGCAGGAGUAAAUCUGUACUACAAGGAGAUGACGAAUUUCAGAACCAGAAUGCUGGAAUUAAUUUUGAUCAGUAUACAGAAUUGAAGAACAUACUUAGAAGCAAGAAACGUUCUCAUGAUUUCACUUCCGAAGGGACAGCUGCAAAAAAAGCGUGUAAUUUUCCAUCUACUUUAUUACUGACGCCGCCAGGCACACCGCAGUCCAAUGAAGUCAUGGACUCUGAUUUGGAUCUUCUUCAAAGUAUAAUGAAUAUAAAAAAUGAGUUGAAACCAGUCUCCCUGAACACUGUGCAGGUUAACUGGGACAACUUGCCUCAGAACGACAACGCUCAAGACCAGCACUUUCAAGACAUUGCUAUGGCACCUAACGUUUCCUCUACUCAGAGCGCCCAAGUGUUCUAUAACUGCACAUCACCACAAAAGAGUGAGCAAUAUCCUUUUGGAUCUCUCCAAGUUCCAGAUGUUCUUCAGUAUCCUAAUACAGAAUAUAACCAUUUUGUAGAAACCUCUCCAGUCCAUACUUAUCAAGAGGCAUUCUUAUCCAAUGAGUUUUUAAACUGUGCUAUGGAAAACUAUGUGCCCUAUUCCACUUUCCCGGAUACACCUCCUGAGAUUGUGCCUGCAAAGCAGGCCACUGAGUUGGGAAUGACUGCUCAGACUUUCAUUCCGACAUUGAACACAUCCUUCAGUGCUCCCCAGGACCACAGCGUUGCCCAUGCCUCACAAACUAUGACACCAGAGCUGUGCCUUCAAGACAGAAACAAUUCAAGCCCUCUCCAAAUGGGAAAAUCAUUUUUCCACUGGCAGAUUGAACAGGAAGAACGCAAACUGGCCAACGUUUCCCAGGAGCAACUCCUUAUUCAAGACUCAGACGGUGAUACGUACCUCCAUAUUUCUGUUGCACACGGAAGAAGAGCUCUUUCAUAUGUCCUUGCACAGAAGAUGGCUGCCCUUAAUAUGCUGGAUAUUAAAGAAUUUAAUAAACAGAGUCCUUUACAAGUUGCUGUGGUUGCCAACCAGCAUCUCAUUGUUCAAGACUUGAUCAGCCUUGGAGCUCAAGUUAACACUACCGAUCGUUGGGGAAGAACACCACUGCAUUUGUGUGCAAUAAAUGCAUAUCCCCAGGUUCUUCAGGCAAUCCAGAAAGGGCUGACUGGCAGUAAUCAAUAUUUAGAAAUAGACGCAACAGACUAUAAUGGCUUGACAGCUUUGCACUGCGCAGUCAUUGCCCACAAUGCAGUAGUCCAGCAGAUACACAGUGAUUCGGAUAAACUGUCACCAGGAAACCAUGAGCUGUUCAUGAAAAAUAAGGCCUGUGUUGACACAAUCAAGACAUUGCUUCAGAUGGGAGCAUCGGUGGAAGCAAAGGAUCUUAAAAGUGGUCGCACAGCACUUCAUUUGGCCACUGAGGAGGCAAACCUAGAACUGCUUAGUAUUUUUCUGGAAUUGCCUAAUUGCCUUUCCUUCAUCAAUACAAAGGCCUUCAAUGGUAACACAGCGCUGCAUGUUGCUGCAAGUUUGCAGUACAAAAAAAUGCAUGUAGGUGCUGUUCGUCUACUAAUGAGAAAAGGUGCAGAUCCCAGUGCUAGAAAUCUAGAGAAUGAGCAGCCUGUUCACCUGGUCCCAGAUAGCCCUGAGGGGGAAGAGAUAAGGCGUGUUCUGAAAGGAAGAUCAAUGCAACAUCGCUCAUCGUCUUAUUAGCCGCAACGGAAGUUCCCUUUCUCAACACUCACUGCUAGUUAAGCAGUCCUAUAUGUGUAAAUAGAUUUGUCUUUUGACAAAUACAUGUUGGUUUCCAUGAAACCGUCUUGUUUUGUUCACUACUGUGUAGUGACUUAACCAACCACCAACAACACUCAGUGUUCUGGGUUCUUGCUGACGUUAAAGCCUUAUCUUUCACAGACCAGUCGUUGGUUACAUAAAUCAGCAAUCUAUAAAUACAACCGGUAUUUAAAAAAAGAAUAAAAGAGUAAAAAAAAAAAACAAAAAAAAAAAACGAAUAUGAUAUAUAAAUUAAGGUAUAAUAUAUUAAAUAUUUUGUGAUUGCAUUUAAAGUGAGUAAUUUUUGUUUGCGUUAAUGUGUUUUGUUCCUCUUUCGUAUUGCUUUAGAGUACCUACAGUGCAAGGCUGUAUUAAACAGUGCUGCAAUAUAGAAUAAUUGUAGUUUAAAACAAUUGACAAGUGUAACUAAAGUUCUAUUGUAACAAUAGUUAUUUCUUAAGCCAUUGUUUAAAAUAUUUUAGUUUUUGGUGAUUUAUGUUUCUUAAAAAAUUUAAUAAGUUGGUACCACAAAUUUAAACUAUUGAUAUCCUGUUAAAUUCCAUAUAGUAUGUCUUGUAGACAGUUGUGUAAAAUCUGGAAUUAGUGUACAUUGUAUGUGAACACGAAAACCUGUUAUUGAUUUUAAUAAAGUUGUACAUUUUAAAUUCAAAA